AGGAGAUAUAUGCUACUCUCUUUGGAUGGAAAUUGAUAAGGAAUGUAUUUGGCACAGAAUAUUUUUCUUCUAUUGAGACUUUCACUUAUAACACAGUACCUAAAUGGCAGCACAGAAAAGAAAAUCUGUGCUAGUAGAACCUCCUGCUAAACAGAGGAAACUGGAUAAGAAUAGUAAAUUGGUCUCAACUAACAAAGGAAGAAAGUUGCUUGCUGCCAAACAUGUAUCAAAUAAAAAGGAAACAUUGAGGAAAGAAGUAAACAAAAUCUCUACCAAAACAAACAGGCCAGCUACAAAUAAAACAAUUACGAGGUCAUCUAUUAAAUCUGGACGCACCAAACAAACACAGAAAUGCUCCAAACUGGCUUCAGAUGAAUUAACAAAGAAACCCUGUAAAACAGCAUGUGUGAAAAGAAUAUCCUUAAAGUCUUUGGCUAGAUCUACAAAAACAUCUGUGAAAACCUCCAAAAUAAAUCAUGCUAGCUGUUUGGGCUCCAGAAAGACUUCUUCCAAGACAAGUUCUAGAGGGAAGGGGAAACCCAUUGCCAUCACAAGUAAAACCUCGGUAGAAAGCAGGAGGAAAAAACUGAAGUCGUCUAUAGGUGUUAAAAAAUGUGCUGCUGAACUUUGCAAUAGGCGUUCAGCAAUGCGUUCUGCAGUUUCUCAUAAGAAUAUGAAUUCCCAAACAAAAUUGGUGAAGGAAAAUUCCAAGAAUGAUAAAACUACUAAAACUGGUAAACUUCUGAAAAGUUGCAGUGCUAACGUAGAGGUACGGAAAAAUACUUCUACAAAAAACUCAGAUUCACAAAGCCCUGUACGGACACAGGCUAAAAAUAGGUGUGACAAAAAAACUUGUGAAUCUGACCAUGGAAUGCGGAGAACUACAAGGUCAACCGUUAGUAAUUGUAACAAAAAUUCAGUCAAAAUUAAGCAAGAAAAGUUACAAAAUUUCAGAAAAACAAAGGCAGCAUUACAGCAGGCGAUACAGGAACUUCCUAAGUUACAGCAGUCUGUUGCGCAUGACGACCAUCUAACUAGAAGAUCAUUGAGAUUGCAGCAAUUAUCUGACGUGCCUAAAAUAUCCUUACGUAGCAGAAAAAUUAAAGAUGGAAAUUUAUCUGCAGACAAACAGCACUCCCAAAUGAAAAAACAGCUUUCACAUAUUAAAAAUGAAAAGCAGAAGUCUGUAAAACAGAAUAUGGAACAAAAACCUGUGAAAAAUGAUGAAUGUAAAAAUAAAAGGAAAGAAAAAUUAAAUUUAGAGAAAAUGAGUUCUUUGAAAGAAAAACGUAAUGAAGUGGAUCCUAAAGUUACUUACUUGAUUACUUCUCAAGAUAAACUUGGAGAAUCAAAAAGUAGUCUUGACAGCAAUCCUCAAGAAUCUGUGAAUGAACCUGUCAAUGCAGUUUCCUGCUCUGUGAAAUCAACCAGCAGUAUAGUAAAUAAGAAAAAAGAGCCAAUGCACAAAAAUGGAAAAAUCAGUGUAAAAGCAAAGAGAAUUUUGCUGGCACCUCUGAGUCCAAAACCUUCUCAUCAAUCAGAAGAUGUGAUGAAGUCUAGAAAGAUUAGUAUUCUUGAGCUGUGUGAAGAAAUUGCGGGUGAGAUUGAGUCAGACACAGUGGAAGUCAAAAGAGAAUCUAACACUGAGUGUGGAAAAGAAGAAGAAAAAGAUGCAGUAGCGGAGUUGGCACAGACUGCAAUUCUCCCUGAAGAGGAAACCAAACAGAACUUUCAACGCAAGCGUUUUUUCCCAAGCAAAAAAGGAACAUCUGUUAAAUGCAUAGUGAACGGCAGACGUAGCGCUACAAACAAGAACUCUAAGUGGACCAAAAUAAAAUUGACCAAGUCUAAUCAUGUGAGCCAAAGUAUCCCAAAUUCCCCAUGUACUCCAAAACUUGAUUUGUUAAAAUGUAAUGAUCCAGAGGGUGGGCAAGAAACAGCUCUGGAAAAGCACCUACCGGGAAUCCAGAAGAAAUUGACACAAUCGUACCAGGGUAGUAACGCAUCAUGUGAGCAGAAGAAUGCAGUUUGUUUGGACAGACUCCAAGCUAAAGAGACAAUGCCGUGUCCUGAACAUCUCACCAUACGGGCAACCAAAAAUGGCGUAUUGGAGGCAAAGCAAAUGCCAGAGCCAACUCCAGACGAGAGCUUUAACUUACACUUGGAUACAAGUCCGGAAAGUACACCAGUGAAAAUCACCGCCAACAGUGGAUCAGCGCCACCACCAGCAAAACAAGCAAAAAAAGAUACUGUAGAAAUCAAACCUCAAGUUCCGGCUCCCAAACAGUUGGUUCGGACUCUGUUCACAAAUAAAACCUCUGAGGCAGCUGAGAGCAGGGCAUGCUUGGCAAAGACAUCAGUAUCAAAAUGCGAUGGCUUCCUUUCAUCAGAAGAACAUAUUCAAAAACUAAGAGAAGCAGUCAAAGACGGUGAUAAGCAGCUAAUCAUAGAUGCAGGGCAAAAAAGGUUUGGAGCCAUUUCCUGCAGUAUUUGUGGAAUGCUUUAUACUGCUUCAAAUCCUGAGGAUGAAACACAACAUCUUCUCUUCCACAAUCAGUUUAUCUGUGCUGUAAAGUAUGUGGGCUGGAAAAAAGAAAGGAUUUUGGCUGAGUAUCCUGAUGGCAAGAUGAUAAUGGUACUUCCUGAUGAUCCAAAGUAUGCACUGAGAAAGGUCGAUGAGAUCAGAGAGAUGGUAGAUAACGAUCUUGGAUUUCAGCAAGCUCCUCUUACAUGUUCCAGAGCAAAGACACUCUUAUUUAUUUCAAAUGAUAAAAAAGUAGCUGGCUGUUUAAUUGCAGAGCAUAUCCAAUGGGGUUAUAGAGUUAUAGAAGAAAAAAUUCCAGAGGUUGGUUCUGAAAAUGAGAAGGUCAUCUUCGAAAGGCAGAAAGCUUGGUGCUGCUCAACAUCUCCUGAGCCUGCAAUAUGUGGCAUUAGUCGCAUCUGGGUGUUUAGCCUGAUGCGAAGGAGGAAAAUAGCUUCUCGGAUGUUAGAAUGCCUUAGGAGUAACUUUAUAUAUGGUUCAUAUUUGAGUAAAGAAGAAAUUGCUUUUUCUGAUCCUACUCCUGAUGGGAAACUCUUUGCAACACAGUACUGUGGUACUAGCCAAUUUCUGGUAUACAAUUUUCUCAGUGGACAACAACCUGCUUGAAGUGUAAAGCUUUACAGCAAACGGUAAUGAGAAACUGUUGUCAAUUUAUUGCCUGGCUGCAGAUUUUUUGACCAAGAGAAUGGGACACUUUUCGCUAGCAGCGAACUCAGGACUAGUAUCAACCGAAAGGUUGUGCUUUGUAUUUUGUUAAAAGUGUAAACAUUACAGAAAUUAGGAUAAUUUUUAAAAGAUAUUUUUAUAAACAUUUGAUGUAUUACCUAGUUUAGUCAUGUUUACAUGCAGCAGAAUUGUUCAUAGUGGACUGUCAACGAGUUCAAGAGCUGUGGUCGCCUUAAAGUAUAUUUUGAAGUUCACAAUGCAGCCACAUACCA